GGGUCUAGUAGGAAGGACUGCCGAGACUUUUGAAUAUCACGCAACUUGGAGGCCUUUGGUUUUCUCUUUCUCACAACCACUGACCUCCAAGUGCUUUUUGGGCACACAAGGGAGACACAUCCCGCUUCAACCUUUCAGCUACUGCAGCGUGAGGGUGCUACUCUAUAACGACACCUAGGACGGUCUCCUCAAGCGUCUUCGGACGAACCGUCUGAAAGAUGGACACUCUCCUUACCGCUGAGAUUGCGGCCAACGCGCCGCGCUACCGCCGCAAAAGCUCGACUUUCAUCGAUGGCAUCCACGAUGUCCCCGACGACCAGGGCAAUAUGGCCCCAGCCCAGCUCUACAGCACCAUGUCCGGCAGGCUGUUCCACUCCGGCAGGAUUGCCAUCGUCAUGGUUGGCCUUCCAGCUCGUGGGAAGACUCAUAUUUGUGUCUCAAUGGCUCGAUAUCUUUCGUGGCUUGGUGUGAAGACGCGCAUCUUCCAUCUGGGCGACUACCGCCGCGCCACCGUCGGUCAGGGAGGCCAUGUUCCACAGGACUACUUUUACCCAAAUGCAUCCCCGGCUUCACUGAUGCUCCGCCAGAAGAUCCUUAAGAAGUGCAGGGAGGACAUCUACGCCUGGUUGAACCAUGAGAACGGCCAAGUCGCUAUCUACGACGCGGUCAAUCCCACCGCGAGCGGUCGCCGAGCCCUCGCCAAGGAGUUUGCCAAACAUGAUGUCCAGACCCUGUUCAUUGAGUCGUAUGUCGACGACCAAGAGAUCCUUAAGGAGAAUGCUCGAAACGUCAAAAUCUCCUCCCCUGACUUCCAUGGCAUGGAUCCCGACGAGGCAGCCAAGCGCUAUCUUAAGAGGAUUGAGACCAAGAUUCCUGUCUUCGAGACCAUGCAAGAAGAGGAGCUGAACUACGUCAAGAUGAUCAACGCCGGUCAGGCCUUUUACUACAACAACGUCAGCUUCAACUACUUGUCUCACAGGAUUGUCUUCUACUUGACCAACCUGCAUAUCAAGUCGCGCACCACCUUCUUCGUCCGCGCCGGCCCUGCUACUGAAGAGGACUCGUAUAAGGCCGACGCGCCUCUCUCCGAGGAGGGCUUGGAGUAUGCAGACAAGAUGACUGAGACGCUUCUCAAGCACCGGGAGCAGGAGCGCCAGGAGAGGAUCGACCGCGGCGGCCCCGACAUUCCGUUGCGGCCCCUGACAGUCUGGACCUCGACGAGACUCCGUACCAUCCAGACGGGUGAGCCUCUGAGGCGCAUGGGCUACAAAGUCCGACAGCGGUCCCAGAUGAGCCAGAUCAAUCCAGGCGUUUGCGAGAAGCUGUCUGAGCGGGCUAUUCGUCUCCUGUAUCCCGAGGAAGUGGAGAAGCAUGAGCUGGAUCCAUACCACCAUCGCUAUCCCCGCGCAGAGUCGUAUCAUGACCUCGCUGUCCGACUUGAACCCAUCAUUCUUGAACUGGAGCGUGAGCAGAAUGACCUCUUGAUCAUCGCUCAUGAGAGUGUGUUGCGCGUCCUGUAUGCAUACUUGAUGCAUUGCAGCACAAUGGAUAUCCCCAAGCUCAAGUUCCCUCGUGAUGAGAUCAUCGAGAUCAUCCCUGCGGCAUACCAGAACGAGGCCAAGCGAAUUCACAUUCCGGGACUCGAUUCAAAAAUGAUCCCAGGUUCCCCGGAGGAUAUCCGGAUCCCGGUGCCCGGCGGCGAGCCUACUAACGGCCAGCUUCCGCCGAUUCCCGGCAUGAGCAGCCCCGCCGAGCCUGCUGAGGCACCUGCGACACGCCCUCCUCAGAAGAUCAUUAACAGUGCCAAGGAGAUGGUGUCUGAUAAGGUGGCGGACGAGGACUGAGUGGAAUGAGAAAAAGGGACUUCUCAAACACUCCCUUGAGGCGUGGUGCCAGAUUGACUUACAGCGUUGGUUCGGUUAUUCAGCUGCAAUUACCCCGUAUUGACCAGAUAUUGGUUGCGACAAACGGGCAUACUCAACUUACCGCUCUUCUUUGCUUUGAACUACCUACUCCUGUUUCCCGUCAUGGCCGUCAACCCGGCCUCACCAUUCUACACCCUCAGUUGCGGCUGACUGCUCGGGUAGUCAUGGCAUUGGGAUUGGGCGCUCGUAGAAGGUUUCACAGUGGAAAAAGAUGGGACAUCAAGCGGGUCAGUUUCCAUGAUUAUGCUCAAUUCCAGAAAACGGAGAGCGAGAGAUGUUCCCUUUCUUACUAUCAAGAUCCGUUAGAGAAAAUACAAAAGUCUUUCUCCACUGAAGUGAGUGUCCCUGUCCGA